AUGGACCAGGCGAAGGCGCUUGUCUCAGGCUUUGUCCACGAACUCGUGAGACAGCCCGAGAGGUGGAAUUCUGCGGAUAUCAUUCUCAAAGGAUGUUUCGAGGCGUGUCGUUCCUACAACCUAUCCCUAUCCUCCCUACUCCAGGAGCAGUCCGCGGAGGGCCACACACCGCUCUAUUGGGCGGUGCUCCGAAGCGCACCUAGAUCAUCAUCAUCUGACCUCCUCAGCGCCCUGAUGAACGCUGCGGCACCGCUCAGCAGUGCUACAAUGUCGGAAAUCCGCCUAGCUUGCUUGCUGAACAGCGAUCAGGCCCUCUUCCAGCGCAUUAGGCGGAUGCCUGCGUUCUACCCCCUCUCGGGGCCAGAACGAAUGCUCCUAGGAGCGGUACCUCCCUCAGAUGAGAUUGAGGUAGAUGAGCUUCCCGGGGAUGAGGGCAGAUUCGCCGUCUACUUCCGUAUCCCCAUGUUCCAAAAGCGGCUCAAGGUACUGAAGCACGUUGACUUGCAGUUCAUUGCCCGAGGCAGAAUAUGGUCCCUGAAAUUCAUGGUUGCAGGCACGGAAAACGCACGAGUGCGCCCCGCCGCGACAGCAGGAACAUGGGUUAUUACCUUAUCGAUGCUUGAGCACGGCAAGGCGACAUGGAUCGACUCUCGCCUCAUUUUCGAUGACUUGUAUGAGCCUGUAGGGUCGCCUGCCUCGCGGCGGCCUCGUCCUCUGAUGGGGAGAAGGAUGGGGUCGCAGGGGAGUCAAACGAAUUGGAUACGCCUUAAGACAGGAUCAUCGUCACAGCUGAUCCCGGACAUGCAAAGUAGUUUCCUCGGCGUUUCCUUGAUGGGAUGCCCGUUAUUGGACAGCAUGCAAUCACAUCGUAGUCCGUGUUACGACAACAACGGUUGUCUCCUGGCGAGACUGGAAGCUCGACUGAGCCGCCCAGAAGCCGACUGUGUGAUUUGCUAG